GCCCCUUCUGCCCCUGCCGCUUUGGCGCGAACCUUCAUUUCCCGCCGCUCGUCUCGCCGUCAGCAUGGCUCCGCAGCGCCCGCAGGUGAGCGCUGUCCCGCGGGGCCGGGUACAGCGGGGGGUGAGCGGUGUGCCCGGCGGGAGGAGCGGCCUCGGGGCGGCGGCUGUGGGUAUCCUCAGCCGCGGGGCUGGGGCAGAGGAUGGGCUUUCCCUCCGCUUCCCGUCCCGCUCGGAGGCCGUCGGGGCUGCUGCUGCGGGGGGAGGCAGCCCGCGGUGGUGGGGCGGGAGGUUCGCUCCGAUUUAGCGCGGCGGGCGGCUGGAGCGCGCUCCGUGUGCUAACGGGCCCGCGGCUCGUUGGCCCCGGCCGGGCCGUGUUCUACGGUGUGCUGCGGCCCUUCCGGUGGCCGUUGGUGGGAGCCCCCGUGAGGAGGGCAGCGCUGGUCACUGUCGGUGCGUUUGGAGUGCGCCGUUGCUCUGGAAGGAGAACCUUUACCACUUUCCGAAGUACCAAGCUGAUUCCCAUGGAGACAUCCUCAUCCUCUGAUGACAGCUGCGACAGUUUUGGUUCUGACAGCUUUGCUAACACGAAGCGCAAGUUGAGGUCAGAUGUUAGAGAAGAGCUGGCCAAAAUCUUUCACGAAUCCUCUGACGAUGAAUCCUUCUGUGGCUUUUCAGAGAAGAAGAUUGAAGGUGCCUUGAAACUGGAGUCUGAUUCAGAGGAGAACAACGUCAGCACUGGCAGAGAGGCAUCUCUGAGACUGAGGAAAUGCACUGUUCCUCUCAAAGUAGCCAUGAAGUUUCCACCUCGAAGAUCAGGAAGGAGGAAGGCUGAGGUGGAAUCUCUUCCUGAAGAUGUGAUGCCUGCUCCAGAUUCAGACUCUGAUUCUGAAGAGAAGGGCUCCCUGUUUUUAGAAAAGAGAGCGUUAAACAUCAAGGAAAACAAAGCAAUGCUUGCAAAACUAAUGGCUGAGUUGCAAAAUGUUUCUGGUAUCUUUGAUGGGAGAAGAUCACUGCCAGCUGCCAAUAACGCACCAAAGCGACUUCCAAGGCGCUCGCUUCCCAGAAGUGCCUUGAGGAGGAACCCAGACAGAAGUUCUCGGCCUCACACGAGAUCCAGGUCCCUGAUUGAAGGCCCUCCUACUCCUUUACCAGAGGAGGAAGAUGAUGACCGGUACCUCCUAGUGAGGAGGAGGAAGAUGUCUGGUGAAGACCUGGAGCACGAUGCCCAAACUCCCAGGAGAGGUCACCGUGGUGCCAUGGCUCUUCCACACAUUGUGCGACCGGUUGAGGAGAUAACGGAGGAAGAGCUGAGUAACAUCUGUGGAUCUGCGAGAGAGAAAGUGUAUAACAGAACCAUGGGAUCUACCUGUCAUCAGUGUCGCCAAAAAACCAUAGACACCAAGACCAAUUGUCGUAACCCUGAUUGCAUUGGGGUACGGGGCCAGUUCUGUGGGCCAUGCCUCCGUAAUAGGUAUGGAGAAGAUGUCAGAACAGCAUUGCUGGAUCCAACCUGGAGGUGCCCACCAUGCCGUGGAAUAUGCAACUGUAGCUUCUGCAGACAGAGAGAUGGCAGAUGUGCUACGGGUGUCCUCGUCUAUCUGGCCAAGUACCACGGCUAUGAUAAUGUCCACGCCUACUUGAAAGGUCUGAAACAAGAACUUGGAGUGGAAGACUGAAGUUGUGACUGCCUUUGACUUGCAUACACCUUAACCAAUGCCAUAUUAUUGCCUACAGUGAAUUGUUUAAUCAAAUGAGACUACAAAGCCAGUGCCUUGGCUCCCUCCACUUCUGAGUUUUAAAAAAAAAAGGAAAGCAUAUUGCUGUGCAAAUCAUACUUUGAGAAACUGUUUCAUAGAGCUUUGCCUGCAGGCCAUUGUUUUUUUUUUUUUAAAUAACUUUUGUAAAACAAAAAAUGAGUUAUCAUCAGUCCCUGCUUUUAUGCCAAUAACUUUUUCUUAUCCUGAAAGAAGAUGGGGCUUUAAGCCAUUGGAGUUCUGUUCAUGCAUUGAUCUGUACUGCAGGUUUAUUUGUGCUUUGAAGUUGAUGACAAAAAGAUAAGGAUGUUCUGAACAUUCAGGGCAUUGUUCCCCACAGAACCAAUUGGGGAAAGGUGUGUGCUUAACUCCUCGCCAACUUCUGCUGCAAUAGACUCUUACUGAACAUAAAUGAUCAAACAGAAGCUAACAAUCCUCCACAACAGCAAUUCAUUCGUAAGUUCAAAAAGGAAGGCCUAAAGGUUGCAGCUGAGCCGUCUCCAAGCAUUAACAUUUGGGUUUAUAGAGCACUUGAAGUGCACAUUGGCCAUUUUGAAGGAGUUUCUCUACUGAGUGAUUUAAAUUGCAGCAGAAGCAAUUAAGGGAUAGACUCUUGUUUUCUGUGCUCUCUGAGAUGAGAGGAGGCUGCUGCUGGAAGCUCCUACAGCACCAGCACUGCUGUUGUGUAGUGGUGACUGAUCUGAGUAUGCGGGAAUGCCUCAUGGAGUGACCUCUGUUAAAUUUCUAUUGUUUUUUGGGUUCUCUUUUUGGUUGUCCUUUCCCUUCUCUUGCUGCCAACUGUAGUAAUGCUUCUGUACCAAAUCAGCCUGGGGCUUAGCCAAGUAGAGGAGUAGCUGAUGUAGCCAUUGGCCGAUGGCAAGUGGGUGAACGGUGGUGACUUGUUAAAUGCUAUCAGGAGAAGGGUCAGUGACAGUCACUCAAUUUUCUUUUCUCAAUGAGCAAAAAUAGAAAGCAAAGGUUUUCUAAGCUACAAUCCAGCUUAAAAUGAAUUAUUCCUUGGCUUGCGUAGUGAAGCACAAAUAUGGUAAUGUUCUCAAGAGACAUGCCCCAGCUGUGGUAACAGAUGAGGAGGAACAAUUGGUUGAAAAGGCUUUUAAAAAUGAAUAAAAAAGGAGAUGUGUGCAGGUUGUGAGCACUUAGAAACGUGGCUGGUGCUGUGGGCUCCUCUUUAACAACCCAUCCGUACUUGUGUUUAUUUCUGGCUAUGUAUGACUGUAGAAGGGCAUUUUGUGUGAUGCUGUUAAUGGAGCCUGAAACAAUACCUGGUGUUGUAUGGACAGCAUCUUCUAAAUCUUGUGGAAAAGAAGGUGCCAUGAAAACUGUCUGGAGAUCCACAGUGAAUACAUGGGCUUAGUUUGGUAAUGGAAGAAUGCAAUGUUACACAUAAUGUACAGUUGAAUAGUAGGAAGAGUCAGCUUGGAUUUAUUGAGCACUAGAACAAAAUGCAGCUUCUGACCCUUCUGCUUGCACAGUAUUUGCGCUCUGUAUAUGAUGAUCUGUGUUUUACACCUUUCUGGGAAUUAGAGCAGUGUGGGAAACAGAAUAUAUUUGUCUCAGACUUGCAGAUCUCGUUUAUAAAUCACCUGUGCUGUUGAGAAUCUCCUGACCCCUGCUUCCAUAGUGUGACUAGACGUGCAAUCUUGGGUGGCGUGUGCCCUAUUCUCCAGGUUCAUCUCUUGAAGAAGGAACUCUAGAAGUACACGUUCUGACAGAUGAGAGUGAUUUUUCUAAUUGCUGUGCUUGCCUUCUGAUUGCUGGAGUGUGGAAGAACUGUGCUGAAAGCAAAUCCCCGCUCCGUAUCCUGGAGACUGCUGUAUUUAGAUUUCUUCCCAUCGACAAAUUUCUGUAUGAAGGUUUUUAUUUUAAAAAUAAAACUUUUUCUGGGUAAAA